AUGUUUAUCUUUUCACUUGUUUUUGUUCCGACUUAUACUCUUCGUCUUCUCGAGGAUAGCCAUUCUAACUCACAAGACUUGUGUGAAGACUUUCGCUAUAACGGCAUGGAGCUGCCAAUUGCUGAAGUAAUUAUCGGUGAGAAGACGUUUAAUUCUAGAAACUGUGGCGAAAUGGUCCCUAUUGAUGAGGUGAACAAGGACAUUCCGGUCGUAAAGUUUUCGCAGGUACGUUCAAUUGGUUUUGUACUUUUUAUCCUCUUUAACUCUUUCACUCCCAGAAGUGACCGAAACAUGAAAAACGUAGAGAAAAAAGCAAAUGUAACCUUUUAGAAAAUUAUACCUUGUGAAACUACCACCAAAGAGGUUUUAUUUGAAUAGACACAAUAUAAUGAAGGCUUUCCUCCAAAGACUUAUAUUAAAGGUUAGAACCACAGUACAAGACUCCACAUUCACUCUGUAUCAGGAGAGAUAUAUUGUCAAUAUUUUAGCUUUACUAAUGCUAUCUCUAACGCAAAAUGAAAAGCGCAUUCGGUCUUGCAUCAAAUUUAAUGAGGUGAAAAUUGUGAUGCUGCCGGAAUUUUGAAAUCAGUAACCCUUCCCCUCGUAUUUGAGUAAGCGUAGUCCAGUAAGCUAUAAAACUCGGAAAUUUGUCAAACACUGAUCGGUCUGAAUUUAUAACGAGAAAACAAAGUUGAAACUACAACCGUAAAUAAGUCUGCAAACGCGAUCGCAAACUUUGCCCUGCAAAUUCUUUAUGAAUAAUUUAUAAAGUGAGGCAAUCAAAGACUCUCAAGAGUGUUUUAUCUGAUAUCCAAACACUUGGAAUGUCUGGUUCAUUUCAGAAAGGAGGGUUCGACUCUGUUGUUGUUCGAAUGCUAUGUAUAUCAGAUGUAACUCUCCUCGUAUUUGAUGCAGUAGUGUCAUUCUAGCCUUAUCUUUCCAUUAUCUUUUUUAUCUCAGGACAACGAAACUCUUUACUUGGUUGCCAUGUUGGAUCCUGACACACCCUCCUUUCGUAAUCCACAUUGUCGUCACUGGGUCCACUUUAUUUUUGGUAAUGUUAAGGUCAGUCUAAUUCCUUAAAAAAAGACUAAAACUUAAUAAUAGAGAGAUUAAGAUUCACGUUUACGCCAAACGGCAAACGUGAACUGGUACCACCACGUGACCAAGUUUUUCCCUUAAUUGUCGUGUAAUGUUUAUUACUUCUACUCAAAAAUAAGUAGUUUCACGCCAGUUUUAUCCGUGAGAAUUGUUUUGGACAGUUUUUAUCUGCUUAUUUUCUGUUCUGAGAAAUUCUCAACUUAAAUCUGACGGAGUUUGCAAUAAACGUGAAUCUUAGAUCUCUCUAAUAUUACCAGCACACUUGAACAACUUAAAUAUACUGCAGAACAAACGACCAACACUAAACCGAUUGAAUCUUUUGAACUGCUACAUUACUGGCAAACUAAAAAGUACACAUACAUUUUCAUUUACCUGAGUCUAUGAUAUUUUUGUAGUAAGAUCUAUAUAGUAUCCUAAUAAUGACGGCAAAAAUAUUUAUUUUCGAUGCCGACUUUCAUUUUGAGUUUUAGUCGUUUUAAGACGUGAAAUUUUCCUUUCGGUGGGUUGCAAUGGCGCAAGGACUAGGACGAGAUUGUGAAGGCAUUUCAGGAAUGCUUCUUUCCCCUUUUCACCGUUCCCAGACCAGUUCUUUUGAUACUGAUUAGAAAUUUUGACUCUCAGUAAUACUUUGACCUACUUGGAGUAAAAUACCGAAAAAGAUGUAGAAUUGAGCUUUGCGUCAGCUUGUAUUAAAACGAGCGAAGUCUCCAUACUGUUUUUACGCCUUUAAUGUAUAACUUCUCUAUUAACGUACUGAUCGUAAAAUCCUUCAGCUCAAACAUUAAAUAUCUUUUUUGUUGUUUGCUCUGUUGUACAACUCUAACAACCGUUUCUCAAUUCGCAGGGGAAGUAUCUGGCCUAUGGUAAGAUCCGAGGAGGAAAUAUCUAUGGAGGUCAGUUUGUUGAGGAGUGACUGGCUGUUACAGACACGUAACAAAAAACGGAAGCUCACGCAGCUCACUUCCGAGUUCCAAAAACCCUCACUUCGAUAAUGAGGCUAAGUGCAAAACCGUUUUUGUGAAAAUGAGUUUUAUUUGCAUGAGAAUAAAAAAUCAUUUCCAUAUCAAAGGCUGAGCAUUUAACCUCGUUUUGAUACUGUCACCAUUAUCAUUUGCCAUAAUACAUCUUGUUUACCCCUCAAAAUUUUGCAUAAGCGUUAUUUUCGCUUUCUCUCGGCGCGGCUUUCAUACCGCAGGAGAUACUAAAAAGAAUGCCUACACAAAAAUGUUGGAGAAAGCAGGGUGAAAUAUGGGCAUUGUGAAAGUGGCGAAUAAGAGACUGUCACAGAAACUGAUUAUCUCUUAGGAACUUAGGAACGCUAUGAACAAUUGCUUCGUAAAUCAGCACGAUUUCUCAGAAAGUCCUGCCUAAAACGAGGGUCCACAAUAGGGGUUCUCAAAUCCCGCUUUCCCGCAUUUUUUUUUCUGAAUCCCGCCAUCCCGAUCUAUUUUACGCCUGAAUCCCGAUCCCGCCCCAUUUUUAUACGAGAUUUUUUGCUUGAUUAUUGAAAUAGACGUUAUAUAAGACUUACCUUCUAACAAUUGUCAGUUUUGAUGGUCAAGGUUCUCAACAUCACAAUAAGUGACCGUAACUUUAUUUUCUGUUUUGCUUAUUUUUUCGUCCGCGCAUCGGUACAUUUUUACGUCGAUAUUUUAAGUCCUGUAUUUUUGGAGUUUAAAGGUAGAUUGAUGUUAUCUGUCUGUCACACGAUGAUUCGACUGCUUUGCUACUAGUUUCCAUCAGGCGAUGAAGCCAAUUCUGUCAAUUGUUUAUGUGGAGUGUAGGAAAAUGUAUAUAAACACAGGUUGUAAAGACUGAGAAAAUGGUAUCUUUUAUGAAAACAUAAACCUGUUAUUGAAUCGAAUAGCACGACGAAAUGCGGACACCCUUCCAAGCAGGAAGUUUGCUUUUCCAUCCAAAUUGGCUACCCUACCCUGCCCUACCCUACCGUAGCGCAGGGCAAAAAGUCCAUUGAUAUUCCAGGUUACCGUAUAUACAAGGAUAUUGAGGUCGUUGAAACUCAGACCUCUCUUGAGUUCUCUUGAACUCUAAAACUCAGGUCGACUCACCUUGACUGUUUCUUUUACGACUUUCAAGGUCUUCACCUGCCUUGAAAAAGGAGCUCUGAAUAUUUCUUUCGGAAGAAACGCAUUCCCACUGGCAGCUUUUUAGUGAUACAGAGCCACACAAUUUAUGAUGUCUACCACCUUGUCGUGAUUGUCCACUCCCAUCAGUGCUGGUGUGGCCAUACCGUGGCCAGACUUACUUAACAAACCCUCAGUCCAAAGAAUCGUCCAGGUCCGACAGGUCCGUCCAGGCAAAAGCAGAAAAGGUCAAAUCCGUGAACAAAACAGGAAUCGGUGCAGAUCAAUGGAGGAACUUAAUGAAUGUGAUUUCUAACCCCAGUGAUUUGAUACCUCUUUCCAAGUAACGAAAACGAUGAAAAUAGCAAAACCAGAAAAGACGAACAACACACAAAAGUGAUAAUUUGGACAGGCUUCACGUCCUUUGACACUCAUAGCUUGACUACAAAGGCGGUAUACACACUAAAGAAACACUUUUUUUCAGUCAACGCUAAUAAAUUUUUUGUCUAGACAAAACUAAAUUCCCGUAUCCCACUAUUUAUCCCUUACGAUUCUCGCAUAAAAAUAGGAAAUCCCGCUCCCGCUAGUUAUUAAAAUUCCCGCAUCCCGCUUCUGUUUUUAGCCCCCAUCUCCGAGUAUCACCACGAAAAAUAGUCCAAUCCCGCAUCCCGCCAAACCUAUUGUGGACCCUCUAAAACGUUAAAACGUGGCAAUAAAAAGAAAGAUGGCAAAGUUAUCUCCAGUAACCAUUCGCAAUUGAAUCGUUUUAAAAGACUCGUACUCUGUUCGCGGGUGGCGGAACAUACACGAGUAGGCCAAGUGAUGAGUGACCGCCACCUACCUGCCCACCUGGUCACCCCUCAAUAAUCCGCCGCAAAUAGUUUGUGCUAGAGAUUAUUUCACGGCUUAUAAAUUAAUACAACGUUAGUUAUCACUGACAUCACUCAAAUAAAAUUUCUUUUGAGUGACAAGGUUCUUCCUUUCUUUUACUUCCUAGAAUACAACCCACCAAACCCUCAACCAGGUCAAGGAAUUCAUCGCUUUUAUUUCUUCGUGUUCAAACAGAAAGCAAGGCUGGUGAACAGAAUUCAGAUCACUAAUCGAUGUGGCUUUAAUAUCGAUGGAUUCAUGGAAGAUUUUGAUCUGCAGCCGGUUGCAAUGAACAUGUUUAGGUCUGAAUUCCAAAACAUUGUGUUAAUAAGCGACAUGAUGGUAAUUGACUGA